AUGGCGAUUAGUCGAACUAUAUGUUUUCUUCAAGCGUUUUUACUAUUUUGUUGUCAUUAUAAUCUAGUACGCUCUCAAACCAGGGACACUUAUGAAUUUAGUCUCGAAAAUGGAUGGUCUAGUUGUUCCCACACUACAAAUGCUACCGUUUCCUUUCAAAAUAAUGUCCAUCUCCUCCUAUCUGAUUUCAACCAGCAAUCCUCAACAAAGGCCUUUUACAACACUUCCGUAGGUCACAACCUUGAUAAGGUCUUUGGCUACUACUUGUGUCGCGGUGAUGUUAGCCUUGAGGUAUGUAACGAGUGCAUCCUUAACGGUACACAAUCAGCUGCAGGAUUUGAUUGCGAAUUCGUAGAUAAAUCAUACACCUCCGGCUUGUGCUUCUUCAAAUAUUCAAAUUACAAUAUGUAUGGCUUAUGGCCGAUAUCAAUAACGCGUAUAGGGUUCAUUGAAGUCAACGUAACAAACUAUGAGCAGUUCAACGUAACAUUUACAUCCUUGAUGGAGGAAUUGAUUAAUGAGGCCGCUUUUGAAAGCCAAAAGAAUGGCUCAGUAUUAGGUUUUUCCACCAACGAAGCUAGUGUUACCGGGGACCAGACCAUUUAUGGUCUAGCUCAAUGCACCCCUGAUAUAGUUGGAGUAAAUUGUAGUCUAUGCUUACAAGAUGCACUUUCUGGUUUGAGGGGGUUGGCCGAAGGUGCUCCGGCUGCGUAUUCUGUCGAUGAAAAGUGUUAUCUCAGAUAUGAUAAUGUCUCAUUUUAUAAUCUUGGAGAAUAG